AUGAGGAAAGCCAAGGGCAAUGAUCUUUCCAAGAAACACCAACAGACCCCUUUACCUUUCCUGGCCUCCAUGAUGGCAAACGGGGUCUCCAGGUUCAUGGGGCCGUCGGCGGGCGUGAACGUGGCCGGCAUGGGCUCGCUGACGGGCAUCGCGGACCCCGCCAAGUCGUUGGCCCCGCUGCACGCGGCGGUGCCGCGACGGAAGCGCCGCGUGCUCUUCUCGCAGGCGCAGGUCUACGAGCUGGAGCGGCGCUUCAAGCAGCAGAAGUACCUGUCGGCGCCCGAGCGCGAACACCUGGCCAGCAUGAUCCACUUGACGCCGACGCAGGUCAAGAUCUGGUUCCAGAACCACCGCUACAAGAUGAAGCGCCAGGCCAAGGACAAGGCCGCGCAACAGCUGCAGCAGGACGGCGCUCUGGGCCCGCCGUCGCCGCGCCGGGUGGCCGUGCCCGUGCUCGUCAAGGACGGCAAGCCGUGCCAAAACGGAGCCGGCCCCCCGACGCCGGGGCCCGCCGGCCCGCAGCCGCCGGCCCCGACGCCCGCGCCCGAGCUCGAGGAGCUGUCGCCCAGCCCUCCGGCCUUGCACGGCCCCGCGGGCGGCCUCGCGGCCCUAGACGCAGCGGCCGGAGACUACGGCGGCGGCGUGCUGGGGACCAACCUGCUCUAUGGCAGGACUUGGUGA